GUUCGUGUUGGGGCUCUUACGCCUGGAGGACAGGCCGAACUAAGUGGAAACGUCUUUCCUGGUGAUUUACUGAUCGCCAUUAAUGGAGUUUCGGUUAUUGGGAUGGCUCAUAAUUCCGUUGUACAACUCCUAAUGGCAGCAGCGCCAACGAUUAAUAAUCCCAUUACUUUGACGCUGAGAGGUCAACGACCUGCCCUCUAUAGAUCAUUAAAUGACUCAUCUACGGAUCAAACGGAGUCAAUUCGAACAUCUUCACCAACGAACCACCAGCAAUCAUUCAGGAGAUCUUUCAGUGAAAAUUCGUCCAUUCAUACAAGAUUUUCUACAUCGUCCUCGAGCGAACCGAAUUCGCCAAUCCGACGACCUCUGAAUUUAAAUGGUGAUCAAAGUGCAAGGUCCUCCAUUUUCAAGGUCAAACUUCAUCGGCGACCAAACGAAACAUUUGGCUUUUCAAUGAACCGUUCCCUCAGCCCCGAUAGAGGUUGUCACAUUGCACUAGACGCAGACAACUUGAGCUAG